GGAGAGCCCUCACAUCAAUCCUUUUGUGUUGCAGCGACUUCGCACCAUCCCUUGCAUGUGCAGCCCGUAGCUUGCAACCAUGGUGCUCAAAACAGAGGUAUGUCGGUUCUCCGGUGCGAAGAUCUAUCCCGGCCGGGGGAUUAGGUUUAUUCGCAGCGAUAGUCAGGUGUUCCUUUUCCUCAACAGCAAGUGCAAGAGGUACUUCCACAAUAGGCUGAAGCCCGCGAAGCUGUCUUGGACGGCGUUGUUCCGGAAACAGCACAAGAAGGACCUUCACGACACCGCAGUGAAGAAGAAGAGGAGGACCACGAACAAGCCAUACUCUAGGUCCAUCGUGGGAGCAUCGCUAGAGGUGAUUCAGAAGAAGAGGACGGAGAAGACGGAGGUGCGCGCCGCAGCUCGCGAGGCAGCGCUGCGGGAGAUUAAGGAGAGGAUCAAGAAGACGAAGGACGAGAAGAAGGCGAAGAAAGCCGAGGUGGUGAAGACGACGAAGGGGCCGGGGAAGCAGGCGGCAAGGGGUCCACAGCCGAAGGCAGCGAAGAGUGGUGCCGGAGGCAAGCGCUAAGGAUGGUAGUGUGGAGGACAGGUUGUGAGAUUUCUUGGGUUUUUUUAUAUGUUGAGCACAAUUACAUCAAUUUUGUCUAUGAAAAUUAACUUUUCUUGAAAUGGUUAAAUUUUCUAUGAUUCUGAGAUGGGCUUGAUGAUUACGGGGUGUCUAGUUGAAUUAUCAGUUGAAAUGAGUGCCAUACCUCUCUGAAGUAAUGAUUAAGUCAUGUGAGUCACGUGUAAUUGUUAUUUUAUCUUCAACGAUAUGAACCUUUGUUCGUUACUGAA